CCUGGAUAGGCGGGGCUGCAGGAGAGAUCAGCGAAAGCGGCCUUAGCAACGGUUUGCUGGCUGUGAGCUACUGUUGGGCAGCUCGGCUGGCGGGUAAAGCUGGGAGGUGCCCGCCGGGGGCGCCGGUUGGAGACAUGGCAUCCAGACCAAGUUCAGACCAAUGGAAAAAAAAUGCAGCAAAAAUUGAAUUGAAUGAAACUCAAAAGCAAGAAAUUAAAGAGGCCUUUGAUUUAUUCGAUGUUGAUGGGUCUGGAACCAUAGAUGUGAAAGAACUGAAGAUUGCAAUGCGGGCCUUAGGAUUUGAGCCAAAGAAAGAAGAAAUUAAAAAGAUAAUAGCUGAAACUGACAAAGAAGGAAUUGGCACCAUUAGUUUUGAAGAAUUUUUUGCCAUAAUGAGCGUAAAAAUGAGUGAAAAGGAUGAAAAAGAAGAAAUACUGAAGGCUUUCAAAUUAUUUGAUGAUGAUGAUACAGGAAGUAUAUCACUGAACAAUAUCAAGAGGGUUGCUAAGGAACUAGGGGAAAAUUUAACAGAUGAUGAACUUCAGGAAAUGCUUGAUGAGGCUGAUCAUGAUGGGGAUGGAGAAAUAAACAAGGAAGAAUUUUUGAAAAUGAUGCAAAAGACCACUCUUUGUUAAUGCUGUCUUUUGUGCCUUCUGGAAAGUUGUUAACAAGUUUGUAUUGUUGUAAGUUCCAUAAUAGCUGAAUGUAUUCAUUUUCAGUGUUUAAGUUUAUAUACACAAACUCUUGAUGUCUAAUCCAUGUGAGAAGUUACAUGUUGCUACCAAUAUGUUGUUAAAUCUAUAACAUCAAGAAAUAAAAUGUAGUGACUUCCUUAAACUAUGAAUCUGAAGAACAGUAUUAAUUACAAGUGCUGUUUUUGGAGCUCCAGGUUCUAAAACUUAGAUUUUCUUUUAAUUUAUGGAAAUUGGCCCCACAUCAUAUGAAUUUGGCAAUCCAGCCACUACUUUCCCUAUUAUUUUCCUUUUGUGCAACUCUAAAAAUGAACAUUUGCUUUUUAACUGAUUAUUCAGAUAUGUAAAGUCUUAAAUAAAACUGUCUGGGAGCUUCA